AAAAUCAGUUACGAUUUGCCCGCGAAAGCGUUAACAACGUUUCAACGGAUCUUCAGCGUGCGAUAAUAUUACAUACGUAGAAAUAAUAUCAGGAAGACAGUAGCGACAACAACGCGAGUAGCCCUCUCUCUGCGCCUCUUUCGCCUGUCAACAGUUAUUUUAGCCGAUUGUUUUGUGUGACUUUUUCGUGUGCUGUUCGCUUUCGUUUCGUUGGCUGUUCGGCAACUCCUUUAUUUCAUUAAAAAUAGUAAGGCCUUGUAACAACAACAACAAGAAAGACAUCGUGUUUAUGUGUGUGUAUGUGACAGCGUUUGCAUACGGAAAAGAGUUGAGAGUGCAACAAUAAUAACUGCAACAAAAACAGAAAACCCAAAAUCAACAGCAACAUUUGAAAGGGAAUCGUUUCUACUUGUUUGUUUAAGCGAAGCCAAGAUGUCCACGCCCACUUCCCCGAAGACGCCCACACCGCCCACUUUGCCACCGGGCGUAACCAAAACAUGUCACAUUGUGAAAAGGCCCGAUUUCGAUGGCUAUGGUUUCAAUUUGCACUCGGAGAAGGUGAAACCAGGACAGUUUAUUGGCAAAGUAGAUGCGGAUUCUCCGGCAGAGGCCGCCGGCCUGAAGGAGGGCGAUCGCAUCCUGGAGGUCAACGGGGUGUCCAUUGGCAGUGAGACCCACAAGCAGGUGGUGGCCAGGAUCAAGGCCAUUGCGAAUGAGGUCCGCUUGCUGCUCAUCGAUGUGGAUGGCAAGGCCUUGGAGGUGAAACCCGCAUCGCCGCCAGCCGCUGCCUGCAAUGGAAACGGUAGUGCCAGCCCGAAUGGAUACGAGGGCACCAAACAGGAGAUGCCCGGAGCAAGUGCCAAUAUCAGUAGCAUCAGUAUGGUGAGCACCAAGCGAUCCUCAAAUGCCAGCAGCAUUCAGAGCGGCAGUACCAUGAAUGCCUCCGAUUUGGAUGUGGUCGAUAGGGGAAUCCCGGCAGCCGCUGCUCCGGUGGUUACCACCCCGCCUCCCGUUCAAAAUGGAAGUAAACCCUCAUCGCCGAUUAAUAAUAACACUCUGAUGAGCACACCGCCACCGCCUUCCGCUACCAAGGCUGGCAUCAACAACAAUGGCAGUGUUUAUAACACCAAUGGAAAUGGUACAAAUGGCAUGACCACGCCCACUACACCACCCCCUCCGACCAGUGGCUAUAAGGCGGGCACUUUGCAUUUACCAAUGACGGCCGCCGAAAUGCGCGCCAAGUUGGCAUCCAAGAAGAAGUACGAUCCCAAGAACGAGAGUGUGGACCUCAAGAAGAAGUUCGACAUCAUUCAGAAGCUCUGAGACGAAAAGGGUUGUCCAACCAACACACACAAUACUACUUGUUAUAAUGUCAGGAUGAGGAGCUAGAGCUGGUUUUGUCAGGCAUACACCACACAAUAUAUACAAUAUGUUUAGCUAUUAGUACGAAGAGUCACUUAUUAACUAAGCAAGUUUUUAAUUAUUACCCCCUAAGAGAAAGAGCGACCAACGAUGGUAGUGUAGGCGGAUAUGAUGGAGCACCUACCCUUGGAAUAUCUAUACAUUGUACGACAUACGCGUAUUCUUCAAAUUCAAAUAUAGCAAACUCUGAUUGGCAAUGUUGCCCUGGUUCAUUGAACAACAUUCAUUGAAUAUGUACUUAGUUUUGCUUGUAUUUUUGUAAACUAAAUAAAGCAAAAAUAUAAAA